GAGGAAGAACCGAACGAGAGAAGAAGAGGAAGAACGAAGAAAGAGCAGAACGAGAGAAGAAUUGGGACGAAGGAAGAGGGAAGUCUGGAAGGGAGGUCGAGCAAGUGCGCAUCCCCAGGCUCUGGUGUCAACGUCCUGGCUGUCAUGAGCUCCAUCAUCCUCACGGUCGAGCUCAUCAUCAACAUCGUCGUCGCAACGAGAACACGAACAUGGUCAUGACGGAGAACAUGAACGAUAACAUGGCAGGACGAGGCAUCGACGUCCAUAACGCUUCGGAAUUCGACAGGUUCUCCUCGAAAGAUGUCCCUCGAGAUGAACCUCCUCCUCAAGGAACAUCCAAGCGAGAGGAAGUCUUCGCUCGACCUCUAGACGUCAACAGGACAUCAAUAUCUACGCUAGCAUCUCAGCCAAUGGAUAUCUCACCCUCGCCUGCCCGAAGGUCGUCCUCAAAAACCUCACCCUCGAGCAGGAAACCUCGGCAGAGAUGUCCUUGUAAGACAAAGAGAAGAAAACUGGACUGGAUUUUCAAAUCGCUCUCGAAAAUGUUACGGUGAUUUUAAUCCACGAAAAAGUGAGAAAAUAAUUGUAUUUAAUCUGAAUUAUAUUAUAUUUGUAUAAAUUGUAUAAAUAAUGAUAUUUCUAUUUGCUUAAGUAAUAUUUGCACUC